UGGACGUCCAUCAUGCUGCUCCCUCUGUCCCUCGUCCUGCUCCUCUGUGGACACAGCUGCUCGGUCGUGUCCCACCCCAAACCGUCCUGCCGCUACCCGCCGUCCCAGUGGUGCAGGUCCCUGGAGAUCGCCAUUCAGUGUAAGGUGCUGAAGCAGUGCAUGGAGCUGCGGGCCGUGGCUCCUCCUCCGAACGCCGCUCCCGUCUCCGUGUCCGUCUUCUACCAGAGCCUGUGUCCGGCCUGGAGACACUUCCUGUCCCAGCAGCUCUUCCCCACGUGGACCAUGCUCCGGGACAUCCUCAGCGUGCACCUGGUGCCCUACAGCGCCUCCAAGGACGUCCCGUCCGAGUCGUUCGUCCCGUGUCAGCGUCAGGAGCCUGAGUGCAGCGUGAACAUGAUCGAGGCCUGUGUGGUGGAGCUGACCGGGGCAUCUGGUUUAGAGAUCAUCAGCUGUAUGGAGUCGUCCGCAGACGUGGUCAGCGCCGCUCGGGCCUGCCUGCACCUGUACGCUCCGGCUCUCUCCUGGGCCUCCGUUCAGUCCUGCGUGAACGGCUCACGGGGCCCUCUGCUGGUGAACAGGAGCGGCGCGGCGGCUCGAGCGCUCAGCCCCGCCCCCUCUCACCUGCCCUGGGUCACCUUCAACGGGGUUUACACCGACGAGCAGCAGGACAGAGCCAUGUCCUCCCUCUUCACUCUGGUCUGUCAGCUCUACCAGGGUAUAAAGCCUCCGGUGUGCACAGGUGUCCCCGUUCACCUGGACAGAGGAUACUGCUGAGACAAACCGCUGAGACGCAAACCGCUGAGACAAACCACUGAGACAAACCUCUGAGACGCAAACCGCUGAGACAAACCACUGAGACGCAAACCGCUGAGACAAACCGCUGAGACAAACCAC